CAAAGUGGAGCAGACUGUAAGAGCAUUCUUUGAACGGCUAGCACAAGUGCAAUUAUAGCUGAUGUCGCGUUGUCGAUUUACAAUAGCCAGAGCUAGGCUUAUAUACCGCAAUAGCAAUACAUUCCAUGAUUAGUUUCGCAGAUCAGAUUUACGUGAAUUGGAAAGAAGAUGAGUUACCGAAGGACAAGCGACUCUGUCGAAAAAACAUAUUAUGCCGCGGUGGCUGAGAAGAUACCUCUGUAUACUACGAGAACCCGAAGUGAGAGGUAUAAUUCGUGGACAACUGCACCAUCUUUGAUCUUGAGAGGCAAUACAGAAACUGGAUCAGACAGCAACCGCGAAACAAGACAUGCUGACGCACCUGCAAACUGUGGAUGGCUCCUGGUGUACAAGCAUUUUUGGAACCCUCGCCUUCGCGAGUGGCCGUCACGCUGACGUCACGACUGCCGAGAAGCAACGCCGCCGCAGCGAAGGACUUCUCCGCUGACCGUCGAGCAAGACACACAUAUAUACUAAGUGACAUAUAAAUCCGAACACCCAGUUUAAAUGGUUUUAUUUUAAUAAAAUUUUGUAUAAGUACUUAAUGAAGC